CUCUGAUUGUGUUCAUCAGAAAGAAGAAAGUCAUUGGAUGGCUUGAGGGCAGAUUUGUGUUGGAAACUCCCUAUGACAACCACUGACCACAGCAAUCGCAUCGACGUCUAUAUGCAACAACAGCACAAAUUUCACUUGUUUCUUGCCUGCGGAACCAACUGGAAUCCUUGUGGAAGUGGAAAAAAUGCCAAACAAAGCACAAGAGGAUGCUGUGAUCAAUAUGAAAUCCGUGCAGGAGAUUGCUAAGCAGUUAGGGUUUGAAUGGACCGUUCUAGCCUUUGAACUUGGAUUCACCAGAAAUGAAGUCAGACAGUUUCAUGCAACAUCCAAAGAAAAGAGGGUUCAGGCUCAGAGAAUGCUGGAAUCAUGGUAUGAGCGUUCCUGGGACAAACCAAACAAAACCAAGCUGCUGCAGGACGGUCUUGAGCGGGCGGGCCGCCGUGACCUGGCUGAGAGGCUGCGCUGCCUGCACUGGGGUCACCAAAAGCUCAGCCGCAGAGUCGAGCUGCCCUCUGCCUUCCCCUUCAUCAUUACCGUCCACAAGACCAUAGACAACAAAGACGCCUUGAGCAGGAUAAAUGUGCUUAAUCGCAGUUAUAACUAAAAUGGCAAAAAAAAAAAAUGAAUGUGAGCUAAAAGUCUGAAACUACUAGUGAAAAUGUCCUUCACUUAAGGAAAAUUUGAUCUACAUUUGUUUUCUAAUUUAAUGAAAUAUUUUUCAUCAUAAAUGCUAUUAUCAGACAACCAUUUUAAAAAAGAAUGUCAUUUUGCUUGUCUCUCUUUUGCUUCAAUCUCAGCCACACUCUAGCUAGCUGCAUGAACUUUACACAAGUUUGUGUAAAACCUUAAGCUCAUUUUAUCCAGCACGAUUUGAGAAUGAUCCAAAUUUUCAAUGUGGCCUCAGACUUUUGGACCCCACUCUACAUAUUCACUGGUAUUCAAUAUAGUUUUAAUGAUUCAGAGCUUUUUUUAAAUACACACCUCAUGAAACUAUUCUUUCUGUUACCAAUUACAUGAAUCAGACCGAUUCAAUUCACUCUUCUGUCAUUUAAUUAAACCCUCAUACAAUAAAUUUACAUUUACGGUAAAAGCACGCUGCCUUUACUCACGUGUUGUUGUUUUGAUAAUAAAAAGGUCUUAACUGUCUUUUUCAGUCAUAGUUGUAAGCACUAGCCCUUAAUGCGUUCAGGCAAAACUGCAGUCCUGCUUUAUUGAACCUAAUCCGCUUGAAAAGCAGUUAAAUCUACUUCAAUUAAUUGAUUCACAAUUAUCCAGUAUGCUUCAACCUUAUAUCAUUUUCAAAAUUAUUAUAAAUCCUGCCUGAGCACAGAAGACAAUUUUAUUGUAUUGCAUAAGUAUUUUUUAUUUAAAUCAUUUAACAUAUAUAAUUCAAUUUUAAUCUAUACACUACAUAAAGAUUUGAACAAACCAUCACAGCAAGGUCAGUUGUAUACAUAGACAUACACAUACAUUAUAUACAUAUACACCAGGGGUGUCCAAACUCGGUCCUGGAGGGCCACUGUGUCAUGAAUGGGGCUCCUUCGGCUCGUCCUCCGGACCGCCGGAGGGAGCCAUCACCGGAAUAUUAAACUUCAUUGAUUCGGACUACGUUUCCCAUGGGCCCUCAUUCCUGGGACUGAUUACACAUACACCUGAACUGAAUCACUCUCACACUAUAUAACACUCUCACAUGCAUACAUACCUCGCGAAGUCUUGAUUUGCUGAGGUGAUCAUUUCUGAGUGUUUUUCCCUGUUUACUGCCUAUUGUUACUGACUGGACUGUUUAUCUCUGUUGAACCUUGCCGCCUGCCCUGAAUUCUGCCUGUUAUCCGGACUCUGAUUGUAAAGCCGCCUGUCUCGACCCUUGCCUGUUCUACGACCCUGUUUGCUCACCGCCUGUCUCGACCAUUGCCUGUCCCUGUUUAUGCUCUUGCCCAAAGUCCCACCUGUUUGUAUACCUCUGAUAAUAAA